AUGGUCAGCAUUAUUGACUGUGAUAAUCAAUGUAAGGUAUAUUUGAUCGGAACUGCACAUUUCAGUGAGGAAAGUAUCGCUGACGUCAAAAAGGUUAUGGAACAGACCCACCCGGAUAUCGUUAUGCUGGAACUCUGUGCCAAUCGCAGUCAUACCUUGACAAUGGACGAAGAGAAUAUUAAAAAGCAAUUAAAAAGCGUUAGUAUAACAUCAGUAAUUCGAAGCCAUGGUGUCAGUUCAGGCGUUCUGCAUUAUUUAUUGCUCCGAUUAAGUGGCUAUUUGGUUGAUACUCUUGGAAUGGCACCUGGUGGAGAAUUUAGAGCUGCUGCGAAUGAGGCGAUGAAACAGCCUCACUGUCACAUUGUUUUGGGUGACCGUCCAGUAAACAUUACACUUUACAGAGCUUUGGAGGCUUUGGGUCCGUGGACUAAACUGAAGUUUUUCAUUGCUCUUCUAUUCAGUUUUCAGCCUGUUACUAAAGAACAAAUUGAAGAGAUGAAGAAAUCAGAUUUUUUAGAAAAACUUUUAGUUUCAAUGGCUGGUGAACAUCCGGAAUUGACACAUAUAUUAUUAGAUGAACGAGAUCAAUAUCUAGCCCGUUCUAUAUGGGAGGCUACUGGGAUGGAAGAAUAUUUAAAGGCGCAAACAUUAAAGAUGAAUUCUGUUUCUGAGGCAAACAAUUCAUCAAAUAAUGAGGAGUCUGUUGUGCAACACCGUAAAAAUAUUAACCAAUCUGGUGACUAUCCACUUGGUGAAAAUGUUAACAGUUCAGAACGAGAUAAUCUCCCGGCUGAUACCUCUCCUCUGCAUCUGAGUUGUUGUUCACACUGGCCACCAAUCAGUGUAUUGCCAAGAGUUGUUGUUGCUGUUGUUGGAAUAGGUCAUGUGGCUGGAAUCCGCAAAGUAUGGUCGACAGUACACACAAUCAAGAAACAUGAAUUAUGCGUACUAUUAGAACCUCCACUUUCAUGGCGUAUAUUUAAAUGGUCAUUACGAGGAGUUUUAAUUUCAUUAGCUGCUGGAAUUGUUUAUGGUGCGGGUCGUUGUUCAUAUAUUUUCGGUUCUUUUGUUUAUAGACAAUUUUUGUAAAUAAUUAUUUGUAGUGUACAUGGUGUAUGUGUGUGUGUACUAAAAGCCCAAACUGUGAUUUUUUUUUUCUAAAAAUGUUUUUGUUGACUAAUAAUUAUAUAACUGGUGUAAUUUGGGAUAUUAUAUUUUGUUGUAUAAUUCUUUUUUUUUGAUGGGGGGAGGCGGUGAGGGUUAGGUUUUUUUUCAAUUAAUUCAUUUUUGGGAAUAUAUCUUUUCCAUUUUGUGUCUGGUUUGUUAAUUUUGUACAUGUAUGUUUUCAAAAAUUUAUUUCACUGAU